CGUCGCGAGCAGUUGUGAAGUUGUGUUUGAUGUUAGUACUGUCGUCGUCUUGUCAGUGCAUUCAUUGUAUCCAUUUUUAAAGUGAAAUUUUCGUGCGUCUCCUCAACGAGAAGAUUGAAUGGGCGGGAUAUAACUUCGACAACUUGGAGCCACUUGGACGUCAGUCGCGACGAAGAGAACGGUAUCGCGACUGCCCGUGUAAAAUGUUGCCUAGCGCGAUUGACAGCAAGUCAGCUUCGUCGCAGCGCGUAAUCCAGUACGUGCGAGAGGCGACACUGUGAAACGAGAGGAGAAGGAGGAGGAGGCGGAAGAAUAUAACGCGGCGCAUCCACCAAGAGAAAAGAAGACAAGGACGGAGUGGAAUCUUGACGUUGACGAGAGGGUGGAGAGCGCGACGGGAAGAGAAAGAGAGAGAGUGAGGAGGGGGAAAGGGAGUGAGAGAGAAAGAGAGCAUUGUCCUCCGCGAGGAGAGCAUCGUGUUGUCCUUGCCACGACACUAACCUCAGUCGGUGCUGCGCGUUCAGCCGUGUUACGAUCCGUCGUUCGUCGAUCCCUGACGUCCGUCCAUCCGUCUCGGAUCUGUCAAUUAAAGAGAACCGCGCGAGAGUGACCUGAAAGAGGCGUUAUCGUUGAUUCGAUCGCGGGAUGCCAUCCCCGCCGACGCCGUCGUCGUCGCUCUCGUCGUCACCAUCGUCGUCAUCGUCGUCGGCGUUACGCUAAAAAUAUGCGGCAGUGAGAAACGGACGGCGGAGGCACCGCCUGUGGCAGAGCGUAGCGGUUGGCUCUCGGCUGCGUGUCCGGUGGUGCCGGACGACGGCCAGAAGGAGCGAGGGGGAGGGGAGGAGGAGGAGGAGGAAGAGGAGGAAGAAGAGGACGCAGGCAAGAACCCCCAUUCGGCAACGAUCAAGGGGGUGAUCAUCGUGCGACAAUCCACCGAAAGGGAGCACCAAGGAAAAUGGCGGACCUCGAGGCGGUGCUGGCCGAUGUCAGCUACCUGAUGGCUAUGGAGAAGAGCAAGUGCACGCCGGCCGCCCGUGCCAGCAAGAAAAUCGUUCUGCCGGAUCCUAGUGUUCGGAGCGUCAUGCACAGAUAUCUGGAGAAGAAUAAUGAAGUAAACUUCGACAAAAUAUUUAAUCAAAUGUUAGGUUACCUUUUAUUCAAAGACUUCUGCGAGACUGUAGCGGAGGAACCGAUUCCGCAACUUAGGUUUUACGAAGAGAUCAAGGCAUACGAGAAGCUCGAAUGUCCGGAAGAAAGGAGAAAACUUGCCCGUGAAAUCUACGACAAUUACAUUAUGAAAGAAUUACUGUCGCAUUCUCAUGAAUAUUCGCAAGAAGCGGUAGCUCACGUGCACAAAUAUCUUAUGAAAAAUGAAGUCCCAGUUGACUUAUUUGAGCCGUACAUUGAGGAAAUAUUUAAUCAUUUGCGAGGGGAACCGUUUCAGAAAUUUUUGGAAAGCGAUAAGUACACCCGUUUCUGCCAAUGGAAAAACUUAGAAUUGAAUAUCCAGCUGACGAUGAACGACUUCAGCGUGCAUCGAAUAAUAGGCAGAGGCGGCUUCGGCGAGGUGUAUGGUUGCCGGAAAGCGGACACUGGCAAGAUGUAUGCCAUGAAAUGUCUAGAUAAAAAACGUAUUAAAAUGAAGCAAGGUGAAACUCUGGCUCUCAACGAGAGGACGAUGCUUUCGAUAGUCAGCACAGGAAUGGACUGCCCAUUCAUAGUGUGCAUGACGUAUGCAUUUCACACCGUUGACAAGCUGUGCUUCAUAUUGGAUUUGAUGAACGGUGGCGAUCUGCAUUAUCAUCUAAACCAACGCGGAAUCUUUACCGAGCCGGAAGUGAAAUUCUACGCUGCGGAAAUGCUCCUCGGCCUGGAACACAUGCAUAGCAGGUACAUCGUUUACCGUGAUCUGAAGCCCGCGAAUAUAUUACUGGACGAGCAUGGUCACAUUAGGAUAUCGGAUCUGGGAUUGGCAGUCGAUUUCUUAAAGAAAAGGCCGCACUCAAGCGUCGGCACGCAUGGAUACAUGGCGCCGGAGGUGAUUGCGAAGAACACCCCAUACGAUUCGAGUGCAGAUUGGUUUUCCUUCGGUUGCGUAAUAUUCAAACUCUUGAUGGGACGUAGUCCGUUCAGGCACCUAAACACCAAGGACAAACACGAGAUAGACCGUAUGACGCUGAAUAUGCAAAACGUCUCCAGCCUUGGAAUACCGGAGACGUUGUCGCCGGAGAUGCAGUCGCUGUUAGAAGGUUUACUACAACGGGAGGUCAGCAAAAGACUCGGCUGCCGUGGUAACGGCGCGAACGAGAUAAAGGCGCACCCGUUUUUUAAUGGUAUCGAUUGGCAACAGGUGUAUCUGUUAAAAUACACUCCGCCGUUAAUACCGCCACGCGGCGAGGUCAACGCCGCGGAUGCCUUCGACAUCGGCUCUUUCGAUGAGGAAGACACAAAAGGAAUCAAGCUGACAGAAGCGGAUCAAGAACUGUACAAAAACUUUUCUACAGUCAUCUCCGAAAGAUGGCAGGCUGAAGUGGCCGAGACUGUGUUCGAGACAAUCAAUAACGAAGCGGACAAGAUGGAAAAUAAAAAGAAGGCGAAACAAAAACAGCGGUUUGAUACAGAUGAGAAGGGUUCGGAUUGUAUAUUACAUGGUUAUAUAAAAAAAUUAGGAGGUCCAUUCGCGAGUGCAUGGCAGACGCGCUACGCAAAACUAUAUCCAAAUCGGUUAGAGUUACACCCGGAAUCAGCAACUAAGCCUGAGCUCGUAUUUCUUGAUCAAGUCGAGGAAGUGGGAGCGGAUCUGCAACUGGUAAAGGGGGAACAAUGCAUCGUAAUGCGUACAAAGGAUGCAAAGAUCGUACUUACAAAUGCCGACGAGAUAAGCUUGAAAGAAUGGGCGCUCUCGUUGAGAUCGGCACAUAAAUGCUCAAUGGAGAUGCUCGGAAAUAUGGCGAGAAAAGCAGGCAAGAUUUACGGGACUGAGCGGGACGCAGUGAUCCCGGCGACGCAGCGGUCGACAAACGGCAACUAGCCCCUUGUCGUCAUGUGCGAUGUUGCACCGUCAUACUCCAGUCCCACUGCCCCGCAGCAGCGACAGCAGCAACAACUUUUUUUAUACUAAACCGAUGAUGGGGAAAGCAGCGAUGAAUAGAAAAAAAGGAUUUAAGGAGAGAGCGAGGAAAUGGCAAUAGAUAAUGCCACUUCCUUCUGGAAGCUCGCUCUGAAUUUUAACGUUACGACGUUAAAAAAAAAGCGGCUAAAUCCCUCUUUUCGGCACACCUCGAUCAAACGGAACGUCCCAAAGAAAAUUUCGUUAUACGGCGGAUAGCGCUGCGCUGUGUAUUAUAGAUACUUUAGCCAAGUAGUGUCGUAUCGUGCGUACGUUCUCCCAGGGCCAUGAGGAUAAUGCGCGCGCGCCCAUACAUACACACAAUACAUUUACACAAACGUACACUUAUACAUGAAAUAAUACGUACACAUACGCAAGUAAUUGCGGCUCCUUCUGGUCACUGACGCGGGCGCGUAGGCAUCUCGUUAUAUUUGUACAUUAGUUAUAUGUGCAAUAUGUGACGUAGCGACUAGGACCGACCGAGCGACGAACAAAAAUUGAUGAUUGACAGAUAACACACGGGAAUACAUGAAACACAUCCGGUAGUGUAUUAUUAUGACCUAGUACUCUCUACACGAUCCCGUAUUCUUAUUAUUUUCUACGCGUUUCGUCAUACCGCUCGUUUACUUAAUUUAUUUACUAAUGUAGAGAGAGAGAGAGAGAGAGAGAAAGAGAGAAAGAUCAGUUUUAUAUUAUCCUUACGAAGCAAAAGUGACCCAUUAUUUAUUGUGUUGUUAAGUGCGAGAGAAUGAGAGAAAAAAAAUAAGAAAACUUUGUUUGUAUAUUAACCAAAAGUGAAUCGAAUACCGAAUGCAUGCAACAUAUGUACGCUCGAGUGGAUAUACGCGAGUCCGCUCCGGCAAUAAAAUAUGCGAUGAACGUAGA